AUGGCCUCGUCGCCGUUACCCCCAGACCCCUACGAAGCCCUGGGGGUCUCCAAAGAUGCUGACAUUACAGCCGUCCGUUCUGCCCACCGGAAGCUCGCUCUGAAAUUCCACCCGGACCGGAUAAAGGACGAAGCCCAACGAGAGAAAGGCAAAGACGAAUUUCAGAAGAUCCAGGAAGCCUACGAAAUCCUCAUUGAUCCUCAACGAAGAGAACACUAUGAUAAUCAGGUGCGUCUCGCCACGCUGCGAAAAGAGGCCAUGAUGCGUGGACCACCACCUGUAUCCACUUCAAACAUUCGAUCAUAUCCAAUGAGACCUGCGCCGCCACCUGCACCUCCUUCAACCCGCGAGUACAACGAGUAUGGGGAGUACUUCGAGGAAGUCCGCCAGCCUCGAGACGACCACCGAGACCCAUACGACGAGUUGCCACGAGGCACUUCACGGAAGCAUGCUGAUUAUGAGAGGCGAGCCCCUCCACAACCCAAAGCGUCCGAGAAGUCCAAGAAGGCGACAAGCACUGCGGGGAUUUUUGGUGUUGCCGCAGCUGCUGCCAAGUUUAAGAGUCAAGCAGAAAAGUCUAGAAGUGGGAAAGCGGACGAAAAGAGAUUUGACAAGGAGAAGACGAGAGAAAGAAGGGAAAAGGUUGAGACAAGAAGACCGACGGCCGUUGAUGUUGAUAGUGAUUCCGACUACCCAGAGAUCCGUCCGUCAAUGAAUUCCUCUCGUUCGAAGACGGCCUACUUCGAUCGUCCGUCCGAACGAGCGCGUACAUCAACCCGAAUCGAGAGACCUCGUGACUUUGAAGAAGAGAGCUUGGAUGAAAAGUGGGAGAGGCAUCACGAAGAGAGCAAGGCUUAUAUGGCAAAGGCCGCAAAUCGUCCCAGCUUGGAUCGUACUGCGUCAGAUGCCUACCAAUACUGGGUUGGGUCUGAAUCUCGUGGUAGCGGGCGAAGGAGUGGUUCGGACAACGAGAAGAGACCCGAUUCAUCGAAGGGACGCCGCCCUAACCAGGAGGACUACUUUGCACCGCCGUUCACAAAAUCCACCUCUUCGCCCUCCAAUCUCCGAACCCACGUUGACGAACGCAUUCCCUCGAGACCCACUCCACGUGAGCGUGAACGAGAUCGAGACAGAGAAAGGGAUCGCGAACGCGAGCGAGACCGGGACAGAGAGCGAGAGCGAGAGCGAGACCGCGGUGACCACCGCAGCAGAAUGCCUCCCAGCCUGCAUCGGGCUCAAACCACCCCGGUCCCUAAGUCAUCGACGACGAGGAAAGACUCUGUACCCUCCAAAGGCUCAAACUUGAAGCAUGGCGAGACUCAUAUGCACGACUCUGGCUAUGGGAGCAGUUCCAACCCUCACACGCCAGAGAUGAGGGAGGAAAGUCCCCCAAGAACAAACAAGGCACGAUAUCCUGCAACCACCUCGACCAAAUACCACAUCGUCGAUCCCGCCGAUGAUGGUGAUGACCAUGGACGAACACCGAGACUCAGAGAGAUGUUUGAUGAUCACGGUGAUCGUCCGAGCCGAAGAUAUCAGCACAGCCCCGAGUCAAUUGUUCCGGACCUGCCGCGGGACUCUGAGCGGCGCAGAGAGAAGCCCGAGCGUCCUCGGGUUGAGACUAAGAAAUCGUCCAAGACCGCUGCCAUGAUGCAGGACUUCAUCCCUCCAACGGUGCGAAGGAGCGAGUCAGGCCGAUAUGAAGACAGACCAAAUCCACGCUCGCCACAUGAUACACCGUCCAUGUCGCGCAACAACAGCGGUCGGGAGAAGCUCUUUGGCGAAAUGUCUCCGAUGUCGCCUGAUGAGCGAGAGCCGUCGCGAUAUGCUCGCCCAUACCCGGCCGAUAAGGUCCAUAUCGCUUCUCGCGGCGAACCACAAUAUUCCCGAUAUGAAUACCGCGAGCCGGAUGAUCGCUCCCGAUUCCGAGAAGCCCCUCGGAUGACGUCCCGGCGGCCCUCAGUGAACGCAUACUAG